AUAGCCACAAAGUCAUAAUUAUAGCUUUAACCUAAACCCCGCCUGUUUCUUUAAUAUCUUUUUAAAUCAGAUUUUAACCUUAACCACACUGUUACUAAUCUUAUGCCUAACCUUAAAUUAAGGGAACAUAUCUUAACAAAAUCAUGAAUUGUUACCAUAUAGACAUUUUACAUUGUGGCUGUGGUAACUAAUGACAACCGAGGGGCUGGGUUUGUUGACAGAAAGUGUGGCGCGCUAUCGACUUUGUCAGCCAGCUGAGCCUAGCUGGCUUGUAAGCAAUACACGGAAGACAAAUCAGCCAUUUAUUCAUCAAAGAUUGUCGAUUUGAACUAUGUAUUUUAAGACCGAUCCAGAACAAAGAUGCAAUGGAAGUCGAUACUGGUUGAUCUCGUCGUACUCAGACUGACUUUCAGUUGUCUACUAUGGCUAGCGUUUGGACUGGGACCUAGCUGGGGGUUCAACUUUCCCCUAAAUUUAAAUUUGCACAAAAUACAACUUUUCAAUGAGGAUGAUGGGACAUCCUCAAGUGACAAUUCAUGGUCACAACGAAUACACGGCCAUGGAGACGCACAAAGCAGGACCACUUGUGCCAAACUUGGUGAAGAAGAUUCACCUAAGAAGAAGUCUUACCUUAGCCUCUUUGAAGGGGACAGGGAUGAGUAUGACAGGAGAUAUAGCUCCUUCCCGGACACACUCAAGUUAAAGAUGAAAGGCAUGGCCAAAGACAUGUUCUACUUUGGAUAUGACAACUACAUGAAAUAUGCCUUUCCCGAAGAUGAGCUGAAUCCCAUUGACUGUCAAGGGAGAGGUCCUGACGUUCUCAACCCGUCAAACAUCAACAUCAAUGAUGUCUUGGGAAACUAUUCAUUGACACUCAUUGACACCCUAGACACACUACUGGUGCUGGGGAAUGUGUCGGAGUUCCAUAGAGCUGUGAAGUUGGUGAUAGACACGGUAUCUUUCGACAAGGACUCCACUGUGCAAGUGUUUGAGGCUAACAUCCGGAUCCUGGGUAGUCUGAUCUCUGCUCACAUCCUCCUGACCGACCCCAAGCAUCCCUUCGGUGACGUGGGCCUGGACGAUUAUGACAAUGAGCUACUACACCUGGCCCACGACCUGGCAGUCCGCCUGCUGCCAGCCUUCGAGAACACCAGCACAGGCAUCCCCCACCCCAGGGUGAACCUGAAGAGUGGUGUCUCUCCAGACAGCAUCAAUGAGACUUGCACAUCUGGGGCUGGCUCCCUGCUGGUGGAGUUUGGCAUUCUGAGCCGUCUGAUUGGAGACUCCACGUUUGAGUGGGUGGCCAGACGGGCUGUCCGAGCCCUGUGGAACCUGAGGAGCAACGAGACAGGCUUGCUAGGGAAUGUGGUGAACAUUCAAACGGGACAGUGGGUUGGCAUACAAAGUGGCCUGGGAGCAGGGAUGGACUCCUUCUAUGAGUACCUGCUUAAGUCUUACAUCCUGUUUGGAGAGAAAGAGGACUACCGGAUGUUCCAAGCUUCUUAUGAGAGCAUCCAGAACCACCUGAGAAUGGGGAGGGAGUCAUGUAAUGAGGGAGAAGGGGACCCUCCACUCUACGUCAAUGUGAACAUGUUCAACGGCCAGAUCAUGAACACCUGGAUGGACUCCCUGCAAGCCUUCUUCCCUGGCCUCCUGGUGUUGAAUGGUGAUGUUGAGGAGGCCAUUUGCAUGCAUGCCUUCUACUACGCCAUCUGGAAGCGCUUCGGGGCCCUGCCGGAGAGGUACAACUGGCAGCUACAGGCGCCUGACGUGCUCGUCUACCCCCUGAGGCCAGAACUGGUGGAGUCCACCUAUCUCCUCUACCAGGCAACCAAAAAUCCUUUCUAUUUGCACGUAGGAAUGGAUAUCCUUGAGAGCCUGGAAAAAAAUGCCAAAGUCAGGUGUGGGUAUGCCACUCUUCACCACGUGGUGGACAAGUCCAAAGAGGAUCGCAUGGAGAGCUUCUUUCUCAGCGAGACCUGCAAAUACCUUUACCUGCUGUUUGAUGACGACAACCCCUUGCACAAAUCAGAGAACAAGUACAUCUUCACCACAGAGGGCCAUGUGGUGCCUAUUGACACGCGCUUCCGGGAGAAGCAGUGGAAUGACCUGUUCCCCUGUGAGGAGGGAGUGGUGACAGACCAGGAGACCUCCAACGGGUCAUUUUCUAUCAACAAUAGCAAUUGUGACAGGGUCUCUGAGGAGCGGAGGUACUCCCUGCCUUUGAAGAGUGUGUACAUGAGACAGAUCGAUCACAUGGUGGGACUGUUCUGAGGAGAGAUCACUGCUGUGUCUGUCCUCAGUUUGUAGACUCACUAACUCAGACACAACUUGUUGUGUGAAGAGGACAGAGGGGAAUAGACACUUAUCGUCUCACCUCACCCUGCUCCUCUACCGCUCUGCUGCUCAGGACCAUGGUGGACAAUACUCUCUAGGACCUUUUUUAAAAUAGCAUUUCGAUUUUUUUUUGCAUUAUUGUUUUAGAAUAUGCAUCACUUAGCGUUCAGAAGGGGAAGUUUAUUUUGUAAAGGACAGUCUUUWAAAAAAA